CCGGCUCACAUACUUGGGUGCCGCUGAGCUGAGACGAUGCAGCGCAGGUGCGAGCUCCGGCUCGCAACGUUUUUGUGUGUCUGUUUCUUGCGUUUGUUUUAGAAAAAGGGCAAAGAAGAUUUGGGGACGGGGAAGGGCAGCUACCUGCCAUCGCUUCCUCCUCUGCCUGCGUGAUUAAACCUCUUUGGUCUGUCUCGAAAUCGCAGCGCCAAUGGCGGCCACCUUGAGGUAUUGGAUUGUCUCCCUCCCUGUCCACACCUCCGCCUCCGCUACCUGGAAUCGCCUUCGCCAAUCCAUCUCCAAGAACUCCUUCGACACCCCGCUUUAUCGUUUUACCAUGCCGGAUCUGCGAGUCGGAACCCUAGAUUCCCUUCUCGCCCUCAGUGAUGACCUCGUCAAGUCGAAUGCUUUUAUAGAAGGAGUUACUCAUAAGAUCCGACGCCAAAUCGAGGAGCUCGAGAAGGCGUCGGGCGUAGAGGUUGGUGCUUUAACCGUGGAUGGGGUUCCCAUCGAUUCAUACCUCACGAGGUUUGUUUGGGAUGAAGGAAAGUAUCCCACGAUGUCUCCUCUGAGGGAACUCGUUGACAGCAUUCAUGUCCAAGUGGCUAAAAUUGAGGACGACAUGAAGGUUCGUGUUGCAGAAUACAGCAAUAUCCGUAGUCAGCUUAAUGCAAUAAACAGAAAGCAAAGUGGAAGCUUAGCAGUUCGGGACAUUUCCAAUUUGGUAAAUCCAGAAGAUAUUGUAGCAUCAGAACAUUUGGUGACACUUUUGGCAGUAGUUCCUAAGUACUCUCAGAAGGACUGGCUCUCUAGCUAUGAAACAUUAACUACAUUUGUGGUGCCUAGGUCAACAAAGAAGUUACAUGAGGAUAAUGAGUAUGCUCUUUAUACCGUGACACUCUUUCAGAAGGUUGCUGACAACUUCCGGAAUAAUGCACGUGAAAAAGGAUUUCAGAUUCGGGAGUUUGAGUAUAGUCCAGAAGCACAAGAGAGUAGGAAACAAGAGCUUGAAAAACUAAUACAGGACCAGGAGAGCAAGAGGAGCUCUCUUUUACAAUGGUGUUAUGCCAGUUAUGGAGAGGUUUUCAGUUCUUGGAUGCAUUUCUGUGCUGUUCGUGUCUUUGCAGAGAGCAUUCUCAGAUAUGGGUUGCCACCAUCAUUUUUGGCUGUAGUAUUGGCACCUUUGGUGAAAAGCGAGAAGAAAGUUCGUGGUAUUCUAGAAGAGCUUUGUGGAAAUGUUAACAGCUCCUAUUGGAAAUCUGAAGAUGAAAUUGGCCUGGCUGGCAUUGGUGGUGAAGCUGAGGCUUAUCCGUACGUCUCCUUCACUAUAAAUCUUGUGUGAUAGAAGAAAAGAUUGAGCUGUGGAUUUGAUUGAUCACAGAUGAGUAAACUUAUAGCUGUCAACACCAUUGCACAUUCUAUUGUAUUAUAUACUUAUGACGUCAUAUGCCCAAUAUUUUUCAUGUAUGCGUUAUUUUUCAUAAUUUUGUUCUACGUUCUGCUGUUCAAUAAUGUAAUAUUGUUGAAGUUGA